GAAAUAACAACAAUGAAAAACGUUCAUAUGAAGAAAAUCGGAUAGAAAAAAUAUCGAACAUAUGUGUGGACCUACAGUUAAUGAUACCAAAUAGAAAGACGUCGAUCAGUGUGUACUCGUGACCUCUUGUUGUACAGUCGUCUCUUGUGUAUGUUUACGUGUAAAUUUCCCACCUACCGCCCACGUCCAAAUAUGGCAGCCGCAUCCACACAACUCAUAAAAAAUAAACAGGUAGACAGGUCAACAUUGGAAGGUAUCCUGGGAAUGUUCUGGAAUGCAGAGGUGACAGUUUCGGACGUCCAAUUGGAACCGGCAACUUCUAGAGGAAAUAAUUUCAUAUCUGAUGCUUGGAGGAUCAAAUUCGAACAUACGAAGAAGAGGAGGCCUCAAACUGUUUGUACAGUCAGGGUUGAGGGUGACGCGUACGCCAGGAAAUACACUACUAUACGUAGAGACGGAAUUCGCAAGUCGAUUUUCGUCAAAUCCAGACCCGAGGAUGAGGAACACAACGCCCUAAUGCACACUGAUAUCGCCUUCAAGAAUGAAAUAUUGGCCUAUGAAAAAGUUCUGAUGGCUUUGGACGUUUACUCAAAUGGACCCUUGAGGGUGCCAACAUACGUAUAUGGAAAUCCAACUACCGUGAUCCUUGAAGAUAUGGCCAAUAAGUACUUCGAAUGCAUGAAUAGAAAAUACGUCAUUUCUUGGAAUCAAGUGUGGUCUCCCAUUCGGGAAAUGGCCAAAUUGCACGCAGCAUCUAUCGUUAUGAAAAAAUUGAACAAGCCCUACUUCGAAGAAAUGAUCAAACAAAUAACACAAGUCCCCCUGAGCGAAACUAUAAAGCUCGCGGAAAAGCAAGCUAGUACAAUAGAUACAACUAUUGAACUCCUCAGGGUUCGUAACGAACCAAAUGCUCAAGAGUACAUAGAAACCUUGAAAGAACUGAAAGAGAAGGCGUGGAACAAACAGAGAGAAAUAAUCAAUAAAGAGGCUCCAGUUAUGGUAGUGAAUCAUGGAAAUUUCUGGAUAAAUAAUUUACUCUACCGUAACGAUCUGAGUAUGCUCUUAGAUUGGCAACACAUUGUAUACAGCUCUCCAGCAACAGACCUAUGUUUCUUCCUAUAUGUCAAUUUUGCUACAGCAUUUUUAACUAAUCAACGAGAGGCUCUCCUCAGUUAUUAUCUUAUGCACUUGCAUCAGUCCAUCUAUGACGUGUGCACUGAGAGGCAAAUGAACAUUUCUGACAUUGAUGGUCUUUUGGAACCCUUAACAUACGAAUGGAUUGAUAGUGAACUCAAGAGAUGCAGCUUAUGCGGCUACAUGAUGGCUCAGUGGAUCAAUCCCAUUUUUUACUGGAGUGAAGCCGUUUUCGACAUGAUGGAAAAAGUGGGAGGUAUGGAGAAUAUGUCAGUUGAACAAAGAUUGGAAAAUAUGACUUCUGAACAGAAAGAUAGAGUAAUUCAAUUGACUAAAGUAUUUAUGAAUGAGUACAGAGAAAAUUGAGAAAUAAAAUGAUGUUGUAAUUGUGAAAUUUUUAUAAGAUAUGUUUUUAUUCAUGAACUUUGUUAUUUACUCAAUGAUUUUACUAUUAAACUUUAUAUUAUUAGACUGAAA